AUGAAUCAUGUGACUGAUGAGGAGGAGCAGAUGAAUGAUGUCACUGAUGUGGAGGAGAAGGAGAUGAAUGAUGUGACUGAUGUGGAGGAGAUGAAUGAUGUGACUGAUGUGAGGGAGGAGAUGAAUGAUGUGGCUGAUGUGGAGGAGGAGAUGAAUGAUGUGACUGAUAUGGAGGAGGUGAUGAAUGAUGUGACUGAUGUGAGGGAGGAGAUGAAUGAUGUGGCUGAUGUGGAGAAGGAGAUGAAUAAGAUGACUGAUGUCGAGGAGGAGAUGAAUGAUGUGGCUGAUGUGGAGGAGGAGAUGAAUGAUGUGACUGAUGUCGAGGAGGAGAUGAAUGAUGUGACUGAUGUGGAGGAGGAGAUGAAUGAUGGGGCUGAUGUGGAGGAGGAGAUGAAUGAUGUGACUGAUGUGGUGGAGGAGAUGAGUGAUGUGACUGAUGUGGAGGAGGAGAUGAAUGAUGUGACUGAUGUGGAGGAGGGGAUGAAUGAUGUGACUGAUGUGGAGAAGAUGAAUGAUGUGAAUGAUGUGGAGGAGGAGGAGAUGAAUGAUGUGACUGAUGUGGAGGAGGAGAUGAAUGAUGUGACUGAUGUGGAGGAGGAGAUGAAUGAUGUGACUGAUGUGGAGGAGGAGAUGAAUGAUGUGGCUGACGUGGGGGAGGAGAUGAAUGAUGUGGCUGAUGUGGAGGAGGAGAAGAAUGAUGUGACUGAUGUGGAGGAGGAGAUGAAUAAUGUGGCUGAUGUGGGGGAGGAGAUGAAUGAUGUGACUGAUAUGGAGGAGGAGAUGAAUGAUGUGACUGAUGUGGAGGAGGAGAUGAAUGAUGUGACCGAUGUGGAGGAGGAGAUGAAUGAUGUGGCUGAUGUGGGGGAGGAGAUGAAUGAUGUGGCUGAUGUGGAGGAGGAGAAGAAUGAUGUGACUGAUGUGGAGGAGGAGAUGAAUGAUGUGGCUGAUGGGGGAGGAGAUGAAUGA